AUGAAGAAACGACUUUGGUUCAAAAAGAAGGAGUUCACAGAUGAGUUAUUUGCGGAAGAUGAGGGCGAAUGCAAUCUGGCUAAUACCAGCAUACUGCGAGUGGAGCACGUUAGUUCAAAAACUAAGCGGCGCAAUCGAAAAAAGACACUAAAAAAACUUGAAAACAUCCAGUUCCUCAAUGUCUGCGAAAAAUAUUUAGCUUCAAAAUCCCAUGUGCUUCCUAAGGUCCUCCCAGAAAUUUUGCCUCAAUUCUGUAGCAAUCCUGAAAUAUUAAACUUCCUAAGUGCCUUUGUGAACAACUACAUUAAUGUAUUUGACGUCAAACAGCUAAGAAGAAAACUAUCGGAGUUCUAUGACCCUUCUGCAUACCUGACAUUCCAGAUAGCCCCUUACGUCUGUCAGUCUUCAUUGAAUGAAUGUUCUGACAAGAGUUACAGACCAAAGUAUCAGCCCCUUUGGGCCACCUAUGAACGUUUCGCUGUUAACAGUUUGCCUGGUGGGUUCCCUCUACCAUCAUGGGCCUGGUUCGCUGUUAAAGAGGAGUCCAUGCCUCGGAGAUUAAGAGGACCCAGCUUAUGUAAACAGGAUAGGAAACUCCUAAAGUCAUUGAAAGGAUAUCAAAUGGGACAUAUACAGAGAUUGGUAUCAGUUACACGCUCAGCUUCUAGCGCUUCCGACCGCUCAAUAACGAACAUUCCACCCCCACCGAUAGCGCGAAUGGAGUGUCGUGGAAGUGAUCAGGUUCUAGGUUUGCUUUGCCGUUUGCCCGAUCUUGUGCAUGUAAGAAGUGACAGGUACUCACAUUUGGAUGUAAUUUGGUCCGAAUUACCCUUGGUUUGCAUGCGAUACUCAUGUAUUGCAGCAGAAUCAGUGCCACAGGAUACACGCCCCAGCGACUUAGAAGGCAUUUCAGAUCAACUGCUAAACAUUGCUCCUUAUGGUAACUAUGCCAUCCGCUUGGUUUGUCGGAUGCUCAUAUUGCAUCAAAGUGGUAAAAUUCUUCAGGAAGAUUGGUGCGUUACUCCAUUGCCAAGUUCAUAUUUGCAGGAGUGUUCACUGAUUAUCACAGAGGCUGUGUCAAAUUUUAUGACUUCAAGAACACCGUCUACGCUAGCAUCAACUCUCAAACCAGGUGGUAUGCCAGACGACGCUGUUUGUUCAAAAUUAGUUGAAGAGCUGUCCACUGCAACUGGAAUGAAUAAAGCUUAUUCUUUACAAUGUUUAACUGAGUGCCGGUUUGAUUUAGAUUCUGCAUUACACUCAUUUCAAAAAAAUCCAACCGAUCACCAGAAGAAAGGAAGGGGUAGAAUAACUUGUGAAUACUACUAUCAAAUUUACUUACCAAAAGGCACAUGAAUUUACUUAUUCUUUCAAUUUAUUUUCUUAUCUAUUUGAAUGGAUAUAAUUUAAAGCAGUUUAAUAUAUUAUCUGAUGAACUAAUACAAUAUAUAAAUAAUUAUGUAAGUCAAUAGUUAUUAGUAUAGUAAUAUUCCAUUUCAAAUUGUGGUGUGGUCUACUUAUAUC